AUGGAGGUGCCUUGGGGACAACCAAUGGGGGCGAGCCUAAUUAGCGGAUUCCCGGCCUCCAGACCCUUCUCCCGGAGGCGUGGACCACAGGGUGUCGGGAGUGUUCCCAGAUGCCCCACGCGCCUUCGCUGUGCUCGCCUUCAGCUCGGCCUAUGGGCUUCGCUUGGACUUGAGCCCUGGGAAAAUCACCAAGUUGCACACUGUGGUACAGAAAAGCUGAAUGCAUCAGAUGUUAAUGACCAGACAGCCAAAAAGAAGCCCUGUGAUUUUCCAGAAAUAAAACAUGGAAGUUUAUACAAUGAAAAGAGAUAUAGAUCAUACUUUCCAGUAGCUACAGGACAAUGUUUUUACUAUUCCUGUGAUUCCAAUUUUGUGACUCCUUCACAAAGGCGGUGGGAAUACAUUACUUGCACACAGAAAGGUUGGGAACCAGCAGUACCAUGCCGCAGACGAUGUAUUUUCAAUUAUUUGAAAAAUGGAGAUUAUCCAAGCUCUGGACAGGCAUUUCUCCAAGAUGAAUCUGUGAGAGUUAAAUGCAAUUCUGGCUACAGUCUUCAAAAUGAGCAGACUCUAAUGACAUGUACAGAGAAUGACUGGUUCCCUCCUCCAGAAUGCAUUCCUCUCGAAAGAUGUUUAAAAUCAGAUAUAACAAUUGAAAAUGGAUUUUUUUCUGAAUAUGAAUUUGCAUAUCCCUUGAAUAAAGAAACACAAUAUCAGUGUAAAUCAGGAUAUGUAACACCAGAUGGUAAAACUUCAGGAUCAAUUACAUGUCUGCAAAGUGGAUGGUCACCUCAACCCACAUGUAUUAAAUCUUGUGACGUGGCAGUAUUGGAGAAUGCCAGAAUCAAAAGCAAUGGCACAUGGUUUAAACUCAAUGACAAGUUGGACUAUGAAUGCCAUUACGGAUUUGAAAGCAGAGAUGGGCGCACAGGUUCCAUAGUGUGUGAUAACGAUGGUUGGUCUCAUACACCAGCAUGUUAUGAAACAGAAUGCAAGGUUCCCCAAAUAGAAAAAUACUUAGUUCCUGAGCCCAGAAAAGACAAAUAUAGAGUUGGAGACCUGUUGAAAUUCUCCUGCAGACAAAGACUUAAAAGAGCUGGACCAGAUUCAGUUCAGUGUUACCAUUUUGGAUGGUCCCCUAAUCUUCCAACGUGUAAAGGUGAAUAUCUAAAACGGUGUACUCCACCUCCUCAACUCCUCAAUGGGGAAGUUAAAGAAACAGAGAAAGAAAUCUAUGAACACAAUGAUUUGGCAGAAUAUGUUUGCAAUACUAGAUUUCUGAUGAAGGGUUUUAAUAAAAUUCAAUGUGUUGAUGGACAAUGGACAGACUUGCCUAUGUGUAUUGAGGUGGAGAGUACAUGUGGAGAUAUACCUGAACUUCAUUACGGCUCUGUUGCUGAGUCUUCUGCCCCUCCCUAUCGCCAUGGAGAUUCAGUAGAGUUCAAUUGCAAAGAAGAAUUUACAAUGAUUGGACACAAGUCAAUUACAUGUAUUAGUGGAAUGUGGACCCCACUUCCUCAGUGCAUCGCAAAUGAUGAACUUGAGAAGUGUAAAUACAGCUUGACUAGACAAGAAGCAAAUCCAUUAAGACU